UUGCGCUCCAACGGUUCCGCCACCUCCCCGUCUUCCGAAGACCGCCGAUCAACGGCGGCGGAGCCCGAACAGCAAGCGGCCACCAAGAUCCAGGCGGCGUUCCGGGGCCACCGGUCGAGGCAGAGCAUGAAGCAACCUGCGGGGGCAAAAGAGGAGGCUGCCCGGGAGCCGACGCGGGAGCAGCUGGAGGAGGAGUUCCGAAUGGACGACCAAGAACUAUGUCACGCCGCAACAAAAAUCCAGGCUUCCUUUAGAGGACACAUGUCGAGGAAACAGGAAAAUGAGAAGCAUAAUGAGGACUCUGGCUCAUCUCAAGAUAAAAAACCUGAAGCAGACGAAGAUUUGGACAUCGAUCUGACAGACCCAGAUUUGAACAAAGCGGCAGUGAAGAUCCAGGCAUCCUUCAGAGGUCACAUGAUCCGCAAGGAGCAUGAAGGGGAGACCCAACCGAACAACUAG